CCCCGGGGCUUCAAGAAGUUCCCCCCGAGGAGUCUCCUGGGCCACGGGCGGUGCCACGACUGCGGCAAAGCCCUGGCGUUCCCCAAGCGCCGGCGCGGGGCGGAACGGCCCCACCAGUGCCCCGAGUGCGGCAAGAGCUUCAGGCUGAGCUCCGCCCUCGUCACCCACCAGCGGCGCCACGCCGGCGACAAGCCCUACACGUGCCCCGACUGCGGCAAGGCCUUCAGCGUGGGCUCGGCCUUCAUCCAGCACCGGCGCGUCCACGCCGGCGCCGGCGCCGCGCCCUGCCAGUGCGGCGUCUGCGGCAAGAGCUUCCCGGCCAGCGCCGGCUUGGUGAAGCACCAGAAGCUGCACCUGGAGGAGAAGCCCUACAAAUGCGGCGACUGCGGCAAGGGCUUCAACUGGAACUCCCACCUGGAGCGGCACCGGCGCAUCCACACCGGCGAGAAGCCCUACGCCUGCCCCGAGUGCGGCAAGAGCUUCAGCUGGAGCUCCCACCUCGACCGGCACCGCCGCACCCACGCCGCGGCCCGCGGGGACCCCUCGUGCCGCUGCGCCGACUGCGGCCGCCCGCCGGAGCCGCCGGAGCGCGGGAAGGGCCCGGCGGCCAAGCCGGCGGCCUCGGCCAAGCGCCGGCACGCCGGCAAGCCCUACGAGCGCGGGGAGUGCGGGAAGGGCUUCGGCGCCGAGGCGGCGCUGGCCAAGCACCGCCAGAGCCGCGCCGGCGCCGCCAAGCCCUACGAGUGCGGGGAGUGCGGCAAGAGCUUCGCCUGGAGCUCCCACCUCGACCGGCACCGCCGCAUCCACAUGGGCGAGAAGCCGUUCCGCUGCGCCGACUGCGGCAAGAGCUUCUCCCAGAGCUCCCACCUGGAGCGGCACCGGCGCGUCCACGCCGGCGCCGAGCCGCCGCGCCGGUGCUGCGAGUGCGGCGAGAGCUUCCUGGCCUCGCCCGCCAAGCGCCGGCGGCUGCUGGGGGGCGAAAGACCCUCCAAGUGCGGCGAGUGCGGGAAGGGCUUCCCGUGGGCGGCGCGGGCGGCGCCGGAGCGGGGCCACAGGUGCGGCGAGUGCGGGAAGAGCCUCUCGGCCCGGGCGGAGGGCGCGGUGAGGCACCAGGGCACGCAGACGGGCGAGAAGCCCUACGCCUGCCCCGAGUGCGGCAAGAGCUUCGGGCAGAACUCGGCGCUGGCGAAGCACCGGCGGAUGCACACGGGGGAGAAGCCCUACGAGUGCGGGGACUGCGGCAAGAGCUUCGGCGUCCGCUCCAACCUCAUCAAGCACCAGCGCACCCACCUGGGCGAGAAGCCCUACAAGUGCCCCGAGUGCGGCAAGGGCUUCAUCCAGAAGUCCGACCUCACCAAGCACCGGCGGAUGCACACCGGGGAGAAGCCCUACGAGUGCAACGUGUGCGGGAAGCGCUUCAGCGUCUCCUCCAACCUCAUCAAGCACCAGCGCAUCCACCUGGGCGAGAAGCCCUACCAGUGCUCCGAGUGCGGCAAGAGCUUCAUCCAGCGCUCCGAGCUCACCAUCCACCAGCGCGUGCACACCGGCGAGAAGCCCUACAAGUGCUCCGAGUGCGGCAAGUGCUUCAGCCGCAGCUCCCACCUCAACCGGCACCAGCGAACCCACGGCGGGGACAA